GAGGAGGCGACGUGGCGGUACCCGAGCGAAGAGAUGUUUUACAACGCCAUGAAGCGCAAGGGGUGGAAACCGAGCGCGAACGACAUGGAACACGUGGUAAAGAUACACAACGCGGUGAACGAAAAGGCCUGGGCGCACGUCAUGGCCUGGGAGAGGCGACACUGCGAACGGUGCCCCGAUCCCAAGCUGUUGAAAUUUCGAGGACGGCCGAAGGAUUACAGCCCCAAGGCGCAGUUUCUGAAUUUUUUAGGAUACAAACUGCCGUUCGAUCGUCACGAUUGGAUCGUCGAUAGAUGCGGAACCGAGGUUCGAUACGUGAUUGAUUUUUAUAACGCCGUGCCGUACGGUGGGAACGCGCCCGUGGCGAUGCAUCUGGACGUUCGACCGGCGCUGGACGGCCCGAGUUCGGCGUGGGAUCGCGUCGUC